AUGAGAUUUGUGAUUGUGGUGUGUAUUCUGAGCUUUUACGUGAUCAUACCACAAUUAAGAAACAUGAUUCGAGCUUGGGGUAACAUUAUGGACAUGGUGGAAUGCCUCGUCUCCGUGAACUUUAGCCUAAUGGCACUAUGCAACUUGGUCGCUAUCUGGUAUCAUGGCAAAGCUGUGUUUUAUGUAUGGUUCCAUUCUUUGAAGUUACGACGAAGCAUGCAUCAACCUCAACGGAUUCUCGCCUAUCAGUUCGGCUAUCCUUACAACACUCAGAAGAGUCCAAACUAUGAAAUUACUUUUUUUCUCCAACUUUCUGGUGGCGUAUACUCAGGUCUAAUUAACUGUAUUGUCAACAGCUUCAUUACGAUGUUAUUGCUGCACGUGUGUGCUCAACUAAAAAAUUUACGGACAACACUUAAUAACAAAGUUGAUGAACUAGCCAAAAACAGCAUAUCAACUUUGAGAUUUAAAGAAGGUCUAGCUGCAAUUGUUAUACGACACGAGCAUCUCAUGAAAAAUGCGAAGACAGUUAUCGAUUGCUAUAGGGGAGUGUUAUUUCUACAAAUGCUGGCCACUACUUUUCUGCUGUGUUUUAAAAGUUUUGAGGUGUACACGAGCACCAGUAUGGCGGACGGCGUGUAUGAAUGCAAAUGGUACGAUCUGCUAUCGGAAAACGCAGGACCUAAUGCUCAUCGUAUAUCGAUCUAA